CUCCUGUGACAGACGGAGCUGGAGCGGCGGGGCGGCGGCGGAGUCCGGCGGCGGAGAUAGCGAGUGGGCGAGUGAACGAGCAGCGACCCGAGGGUCUAGGGAGCGAGAAAGAGCAGGAGGGGAACGCUCGGGCGCGAGCGAGAGAAACCGCGAGCGCCGGGCUUGGGCUCGAGCCCCGGAACGGCCGAGGAGCCCGCCCGCUCCCCUCCCCUCCCCCUCCCCGGGACCGGGCCCAGCGCGCCAUCCUCCCCCUCCCUCCUUCCCUCCCUCCCUCCUUCCUCCCUUCCCUCUCCCUCUCCCCCUCCCCCGCCGGUGGAUGGGAGUGAAGGACGGAAGAGGCCCUGCGGAGGCGUCGGUGCAGCGCUCCGGUGGAAUGAACCUUACUUGUUGAAUAUCUCCUGGUUACUGGUUGGAUUCACUUAUAAAAGAAUCAUUUUCCUCUGUGUGGAAGCCACUUAGUGGCAUAGUUAAUUAUAAACCCAGGGAUUACAAAGCCUUUUGAUUUCCUGAAGGAGGGACAUACCACUAUAUCAAAUAAGCUUGACAUUAACAGCCAAAAUGGUGCUGUCCCAGAGACAACGAGAUGAACUAAAUCGAGCUAUAGCAGAUUAUCUUCGUUCAAAUGGCUAUGAAGAGGCAUAUUCAGUUUUUAAAAAAGAAGCUGAAUUAGAUAUGAAUGAAGAAUUAGAUAAGAAGUAUGCUGGUCUUUUGGAAAAAAAAUGGACAUCUGUUAUUAGAUUACAAAAGAAGGUUAUGGAAUUAGAAUCAAAGCUAAAUGAAGCAAAAGAAGAAUUUACGUCAGGUGGUCCUCUUGGUCAGAAACGAGACCCAAAAGAAUGGAUUCCCCGUCCACCAGAAAAAUAUGCAUUGAGUGGUCAUAGGAGUCCAGUCACUCGUGUCAUUUUUCAUCCUGUGUUCAGUGUUAUGGUCUCUGCUUCAGAGGAUGCUACAAUUAAGGUGUGGGAUUAUGAGACAGGAGAUUUUGAACGAACUCUUAAGGGACAUACAGACUCUGUACAAGACAUUUCCUUUGACCACAGUGGCAAGCUUCUGGCUUCCUGUUCUGCAGAUAUGACCAUUAAACUAUGGGAUUUUCAGGGCUUUGAAUGCAUUAGAACCAUGCAUGGCCACGACCACAAUGUCUCUUCAGUAGCCAUCAUGCCCAAUGGAGAUCAUAUAGUGUCUGCCUCAAGGGAUAAAACUAUAAAAAUGUGGGAAGUGCAAACUGGCUACUGUGUGAAGACAUUCACAGGACACAGAGAAUGGGUACGUAUGGUGCGGCCAAAUCAGGAUGGCACUCUGAUAGCCAGCUGUUCCAAUGACCAGACUGUGCGCGUAUGGGUCGUAGCAACAAAGGAGUGCAAGGCUGAGCUCCGAGAACAUGAACAUGUGGUAGAAUGCAUUUCCUGGGCUCCAGAAAGCUCAUAUUCCUCCAUCUCUGAAGCAACAGGAUCUGAGACUAAGAAAAGUGGCAAGCCUGGGCCAUUCUUGCUGUCUGGAUCCAGAGACAAAACUAUUAAGAUGUGGGACGUCAGUACUGGCAUGUGCCUUAUGACCCUUGUGGGUCAUGAUAACUGGGUACGUGGAGUUCUUUUCCAUUCUGGGGGGAAAUUUAUUUUGAGUUGUGCUGAUGACAAGACCCUACGUGUAUGGGAUUACAAGAACAAAAGAUGCAUGAAGACCCUCAAUGCGCAUGAACACUUUGUUACCUCUUUGGAUUUCCACAAGACGGCACCCUAUGUGGUUACUGGCAGUGUAGAUCAAACAGUAAAGGUGUGGGAGUGCCGUUGAUUGAGUCUCACUUGGCCCCUCCUCCCUUUUUUCCUCUGGAUGCACUCUGAUGAUACCAUGGUUACCCCAUUGAGCUCUGUUUAAAUAAAUAUUGUCCUUUCAUGUAAAUUAUUCUGGAUGUAGAUUGAGCUUAUUAAAUGUUACACACAAAGUAUUCAUGCAUGGUGAAUCCAAAUUGUAUACUGUAAAUUUACAUACGUUGUCUAGAAGUACCAUAGGGUUUAAAAACCUGGGCUGGCAUUGGUCACACCAGGCCUACGAAGGCAGAAGUUUAAUAAAUUGAACUAGGGCACUAAACUGAAUAGUUGACAGUGUCGUUUUAUGUUGGAUUAUUAAUUCCUGUUUUUCUUUCUGCUAUCUGUUGGUGCCUGACUUGAUGGCCUCAUUUGGGGAAAAGUGGUGGUUAUUAGGGCUUUUCUGAAAUGUGUAUCUAUGUAACAUCACUUAAGUGUGCUUAAUAAAUCUUUAAGGAUGUUAGAUAACAGAAUCUUCUGAACCAUCUAUGUAAUUACUGGGGAUUACACAUUGGAAUUUUUGUCAUGACCCAUUUGCCAAAUCAAUAGGAUAUGUUUGUUUUGGCAGCCUAUCAAGCAAAGGCUAGUGGUAUAUUUAUGUAAGAAAAUGAUUGUAAAUCUUGAGUAAGAAAAAUCUCAGCAGCUAAUAGCAAAUCAUUUCUUUCAUUUGGGUCUUCUUUGUAAACAGGUUAAAAAAACACUCUAUUCUAAGCUUCUAUUUUCCACACUAGACAUACUUCUAGUUGUAUUCUCCAUACUAUUAGACUGUAUAGUGAUGUGAUUUCCAAGUAGAAUUUAAUCUUCCCAUUGAGUGUCAUGAUACAAAUCACUUUGUUUUUGAUGUUUUUUAGGGAUGUGCAAUGUGCAUUACAUAAUGAUAGAAAUAUUGAAAAGGUUAUGUUUGCCCAUAUUAAAGGAGUGAGAGAAAUAACAGCAGUUUGUUUUUCAACACGAAUUAACAAUUUGAAUUGUUUCACUUGCAAGUUAAAAAAAAAUUGACAGGAUUUAAUGGAGUGUGCAUAAAAUUGUACUGUUUUUUUCACCUUUUGUUUAUAUAUAAAUGUUUUGUAAGUAUAUGGGCCUAUGAAGUGGGUAAGUCUGUAUAUCUAUAUGAAACACAUAGAACCUCCAUGUUUUAGAAGUGCUAAAAGUUUCAACUAGAAUAAAUCUUGGAAUACCACAACCAUGCUUUAGAACAAAUUCUUUUUGAUCCCAAUGCUUCUGAAAACUGGUUCUGUGGGAAUUUUUCCCAGCUAAAGGAAAAUCACUUCCUUUAUUUCCCCCCUUAAUGUGGCCAUUCAGCAUUUUACACAUCCCUGAUAUAUUGUAUAUUUUGAUCCAAAGUUAUUACUAAGUAGGUUUAAGAAUUUUUAUCCAUGACUUGGAACACCACUCCAUUGUCAAUUAUUAAUAAAGAAUUCCAUUGCUUAGCUAAACAACAGUUUUCUUCCUUUUUUUUAAAAUGAGAGUCAUUUGAAAAGUUAAUAGAAGCAAUGAAAUAAUGACAGUUUAACCAAGAUUUAUUUUUUCUGAAUUACAUUUUAUUCAAUUUGUGUAAUAUAGGAUGUUUUUCAAAUGUCCCUUUUAGUAUUUAAUGGAAAUUUGGUUCCUAAAAAUUUCAAGACAAAGGGUGAGAGUUAAUGUCCUGUAGGUACACACACAGAAUAGGCCAUAUAUAUUAACUAGAAGCAGCUUAAUGUCUAGCGUGUGUCUUGUUUGUUUACUUCUUUGUUUUUAAUAAUUCCUGAGAAAUGUCUCUGGAAGGGAAAGUGUUUUGAGAACUAAUAGCUAUUUUUAAGGACAAAAAUUACAUCUUUAGUCAAUUCCUUAAAUAUAGUAGGUUAAUUUUCAGGACAAUAUUGCCUCAUAACCCUGCUUACAUUGAGAAAUCUUUUCUUUCCCUUGGCUGUUCUGACUAGAUUUUUCUACAGAUGCUAUGGAAAUUAUCUUUGUUCUCAUUUGCUGCUAUUUCCUGUCUUAUUUCAAGAAAUAUAAAUACAUAGAAAUGGUGCAUCUUAACAUUUGUUUGUACAUGUAUAAAUGUCCUGUAUUAAUUCAUUUUUAGCAUGUAGCAACAUGAAUUGUUUAAGGGUAAGCCACAACAUCUAGAAAUCACUCACAGAUAUUGAUAAAAGAAAUAUGGUACCGAUGUAGAGGAAACAAAGCUGCUGUUCGCUGGGUUUCUUCCCCUGCAGCAUACAGUGACUGUCGUUGACAAAGGAGGAGAAACAAUUACUCUAUAAACAAAGUUAUCCUUACUUGGGAGAUUGCCACAGCCUGCUGCUUAGUUGAGUUACCAGACAUCGUCCAUUUAAGAAGCAGCGAACAUUGAAUCUCAGGGAUGGUCCACAAUUGGAUCCAAAUGUAACAAGCCCUGUUUAAAUCAUGAAGGGGGGUGGGGGAGGGCAAUCCAUCCACAAUCUGGAGUCAGAUUUGCAGAGGUUCCCUGCACUGUUGUUUGACACUGCCCUGUCGAUGCCCUUUCUUACUCUGUGUUCUGUUUUCUCCGUCUGCUGUCUAACCCUGUGCCUUGCCUGGGAUAAGGACAAUGAUGAGGUUACUGGUUUGGAUUGUAAGUAGAGGACUAUUAAUUGGUUUAGAGGUUCACUGCUGCUUUGUCACUUUCUCAAAUUGGCCACUUAUUUAAGAAAUAAAAAGCUGGUAGAAUUGCAUCCUCAGAUGAUUAUUGACUGUGUGUGUGUGUGUGUGUGCGAUUGUGUAUGUGUGAAAACAGACAUUCCAGUGCCACCCUAAUAUAAUGUGCCCAAGAAAUUCUGGCUGCACUCUUGCAAGUGCAAGCCACAAAAACUGGUUAAGGCAUCACUUGAAGAAUAGUUGCUGUUUUGACAUGGCAUCUUGCACUUUAGGAGACUAAGACCGUCCUGUUUUGUCUGUAUGGUGUGACCAAUGGUGUGCCCAGAGCACUAUCUGAAAUCACUAGUGUUAGCAAGUCGUCCUGGGCUGUGGAGCGUGCUAUAAUCCUUUGGAAGCUUUGGCUCUAGAUUCACCAAGCCCAGUCUCCUUACUGUCAGUGCCCUGCUUUCCUGUUUGCCUCUUUCUGUUUCUGUGUGAACUUCCAGGUAAUAUCACUCAUCAAAUAAUUUCUUUUCUUUCUUUCUUUUUUUUUUAAAUUUAAAGAAAAACUAUUUAAAAAUAGAGGACACAUUUUUGUUUGUUGACAGUGGUGGCUUGAUAAUCCUUAAGCAACUGAAGUUGAAAGUGUUUGAAGGAAAAGGCACUUAAAAUGGUUACUUUUUCUGUCCAGCUGUAUAUAAAUCCAAUGUGUUGAUUAAUCUAGGUGAUGCAAAGAAUCUCCUGGUAGAGAAGCGAUAUGUACAAAAUUGGUGGAAAAAGGUUUUGUUUUGUUUCCAGUGGGGUGGGGUGGGGGGGCAAGCUGGAUUUACAAGUCACAACUGGACUGAACUGAACUAGCCUUUUUAUCUUUCCACUAUAUCAUGUAAGUAGCUGCUUUCCUGUCCUGCCCAUCCUUCAGGCAUCCCUAAAGUUCACUCUGAAGAUGUUAGAAAUAAAUACAAAAUCUUCGAGUUAUAAUCUGAUCCUGACACUGACAUGAAGGCAAGCAUUGAUUUCAUAUGAACAUUGUAGAGGUGGUAAUUGGAGAAAACAGUUCCCCAGAUUGUAAGAGUUAACUGAAGAUAUUGACACAAUUAAAAAAAAAAUCAGUAAAGGAAUGUAUAUAAUAUUGCUCUUGUGUUUUACAGUAAGAUUUGUUGCUCUCAGACUGUGUAAAACAAAAUUUAUUCAUGUUUUCUGCAUAUUAAAAAUCUUAUUGUACCAAUUGGUAAACUAUUAAAUGCCUAUAAAACUA